AUGUUUGGCCAGUUCUCCCCUGGUGAGCCCUACAGUGCUCUCUCUACCACACCGCCCUUGAAUCCAGCACACCUGCUUCAGCCCUUCCGCUUCCGCUCACGAACUGAGCCCAUAGACUGGAGGCGUCUCUCUGCUCUCGACGUGGAACGUGUUGAGCGAGACAUGGAUGUUGAUAUGCUUCAGAAUUUCAUUACGACCGUAACGUUCUGUGCCGUGGAGGGCGAGAGGUGCCCAAACUGUCGAGGACCUGCUGACCCUUCUUUGAUCAAACUGCUUCGUAUGUCUCAGCUGAGCACUGAGUACCUGCUGCACUGCCAGGACUUGCUGAGCUCUCAGCUGUCAGGACUGGAAGAGCGCCUGCAGGCGGCACUCUCUCUGGUCCAGCGAGGAGAAGAACAACGAGCAGAACUUGAAAAAAAUUGGCAAGAAGCCAAACAGGAGAGUCGACGGAGAAAAAAAAUGAUUGCCACUCAACAGCUCCUCCUGCAGGCCAGUGCUAAUCAUUAUCACAAGUGCCAGUUCUGUGAAAAAUCAUUUGUCAACUACUCUUACUUACAAGCACAUGUUCAGCGACGACAUCCUGAAGUUACAGAUGCAGAGAGACAAAAGAAGCGGAAGGUAGAAGAGAUGGAAGAUAGGAUAGAAGAGCUGAAGGAGAAACUGAGAUUGACGCAAAUGCAGCUACAGGCAGAGAGAGAAACAGAAAGUUUGAGGCGUCAGCAGGAUCAAGAGGAGCAGCAAAGGAGAGAACAGUCAGAGAAGGAAGCACUGGAGAGAUGGAAAGAAGAGGAGAGAAGAAAAUCUCAGCAGGAAAUUGGAGAGCUGAGACAGUUAUUUCUCCAGGAGUCUAAAGACAUGGCAAGCAAGAGCUCAUGCAUAGAGGCUAAACUGCUAAUGUUGCAGAACAAAGAGGUGGGUGAAGCUAAUAAUGUCACUUUACAAGAAGAGAGUGACCCUGAGAAAGAACUGAGAGAAAACAAAGAGAGAGAGCUAAAAGAGAAAAUGUCCAGGAAGAAAAGUGAAUGGAAGAAGAAAUUACAGGAAGCACAGAACAGACAUCGACAGGAGAAAGAAGAGCUGAAGAGUGAGAAUGCCAGGCUUGUGAAGGCCUUGUCUGUGGAGAAGAACUCUGGCUCCAGUCUGCAGAAACUUCAGCAGCAGGUUGUCUCUCUCUCUUCUCAGCUGAGCCAGAAGGACAGACUCAUCAAAUCUCAGGAGGAGAAGGUUGCUCCAGUGGUUUUGCAAAAAGCCCAAGAUGCUCCUGAGGAACCAGAGGAGGAAGAUGAAGAGAGCAUGGAGGAUUCAGAUGAACCCCAGUGGAAGGUUCUAAAGUUACAUAAAGGAAAGUCAGAGCUGAUGAAAGCGUCUAGACCUAUUCUAGAAGAAUCACUGGAGGAGAAACUGGAGAAUAUGGGACUGCGGAAGGGUACCAAGGGUAUCUCUAAGCAAACUUUUAAGAGUCUGAGUGCUCUGUUGACUGGUCAGUGGCUGCAGAGAUACAGACAGCAGCCAGACCUUCAGAACCAAAGAGACAACCUGGCACGUGAGGUCAUCAGGCGAGUGAAAAGCCUACAGAAUAGCCAGGGGAAAUUAACACCCAGCACUUUAAAACAGGGGGGAAAGAAAAAUUCAACCCUAGUGAAGGAAAAAAGCCUCCAAUCCAGGGAGGACUCAAAGUCAUCCAUUCAGAGGGCCAAGAGCCAGCAGCCACAAGCACUUAUUCCAACACCCACCCCACGCUCCAAUGCACCUCAGAAUCAGACUCCAAAAACACAGCAAAAAAAGAAUGGCACACCACCUUUCAGUUCAGAUGAGGAUGAGUCAGUUGAGGACAGUGCCUAUAUCACCAGCUCACGGGGCAGGCCUUCCUCCUCUGUGCGCCUUGUCCAAUCAGGAUCACUGCUGAACCCAACAGCUGAUCCCGAUUGGACAGACAGUGAACUGUCAGAGGCUUCUGACACACCCAAACUCCACAAAAGUCCCAAUGCACGUGGUUCUGUUGUCCAAACACUGACAAGAAGUUUGGAAAGACAGCUAAGCACACCAAUCAAAAAGCCUGUGGGCGGGACUAGAGUUCUGCCCUCAUCCAGCCCCUCCCCUCGCCCUGCCAUUGUAAAACAGAGAGCGCUGUCUGAUGAGGAGAGUGACUUGGAGCUGUCCUCCAUAAAAGAGCUAACAGCCAACCGUGCAGGAGUACACAAAAGUUCAGAGGUCGGCGGGACCUCAGGGACCAGUGCGUGGAGUUCUGUGGCCAGUAGACCAGGAGCGUGGUGA